AUGUUAAAGGGUAAAGGACAGCGUUCCUUUGAGGAAGUAUGGCCAGACAUGCGAAUAAUUGUUCUCAAACUGCUAAAGCAGGAGACGGUUUCACAAGUCGAAUGGCAAGACUUAUUCUAUGGCGUCCACUUGGUGUGUCUGUGGGAUGAGAAAGGUGCUGCGAAAAUUUACGAUUGCCUACGUAACGAUGUUGUGGAAUUUAUAGCCCAUGCCCAGCUUAAGGUCCAAUCGCAGAGGGGUGAACAUGCUCUGCUCACCACCUACAUCAUAGAGUGGCGUAAAUUCUUUACUCAAUCCAGUUACCUGCCUCUACCGUUUCGCCAGUUGGAACAUUGGUUUCAAUCCAAAACAUCCACUUCGUCGUCCGGUUGUUCAGCUUCAACAUCCGCCUCAAGUUCCUCCACGUCUGCAGCAUCGACUUCGGCAGCAGCAGCUGCGGCCGGCACUUCCUCCGCAGCAGCGUCCUCAUCGUCGACGUCGUCAAGCACCAAAAAGAAUCCCACCGAAGACAGCAUAGUGCGUAAGCUAAUGCUAGACUCCUGGAAUGAGCACAUAUUCAAGGACAUCAAGGACCGCUUACAAGAAUCGGCCAUGAAGAUAGUUCACGCCGAACGUAAUGGCGAUGCCUACGAUGCCCAGUUGGUAAUUGGCGUUCGAGAAAGCUACGUCAAUCUGUGCUCAAAUCCCAAAGAUAAAUUGCAAAUCUAUAGAGAAAAUUUUGAAGCGGCUUAUUUGAAAGCCACAACUGCCUUUUAUCGCCUCAAAGCCACCGAACAACAGCAGGCCAAUGGAGUGUUGGCAUUCAUGAAAUAUGCCGAUGCGAAAUUGCGCGAAGAGGAGGCUCGAGCUAAACGGUAUUUGGAACCUAGUAGUUAUGCAGUUUUGGCCCAGACCUGCGUUAAAGUUUUGGUGGGCGACCACAUGAAUACCAUCAUUGCCGAGUGUGCUCCCUUGAUUAAGGAAUACGAAACCGACCGUUUGAAUUUAAUGUUCCGUCUACUAGAUCGUGUUCCAAAUGGCGUAGAUCCUAUGCUACGAGAUUUAGAAAAUCACAUAGUUUCAGCUGGUCUGGCUGAUAUGCUGUCGGCUUCGGAAAUUAUUACACAAGAUUCGGAGAAAUAUGUUGAACGUCUGCUGGAAUUGUUUAAGAAAUUUAGUGCCCUCGUUAAGAAUGCCUUCAACGAUGAUCCACGUUUCCUAACGGCACGCGAUAAGGCAUUCAAGACGGUGGUAAACGAUACGAGUGUCUUUAAAUUGGAAUUGCCAACUGGUAUACAGAAUCGCGGUGUCAAAUAUACAGCACCGGAAAGUAAAUGUCCCGAAUUGUUGGCCAACUAUUGUGACAUGUUGUUGCGUCGAACACCGCUGAGUAAACGUUUGACAAGUGAACAAAUUGAUGCACGUCUCAGGGAUGUCUUGUUGGUAUUGAAAUAUGUUAAUAAUAAGGAUGUAUUUAUGCGUUAUCACAAGGUUCAUCUAACAAGAAGACUAAUAUUGGGUACUAGUGCAGACAGUGAAAAAGAAGAAGAUAUUGUUGAAUGGUUACGUGAAGUUGGUAUGCCUGCUGACUAUGUAAAUCGUUUGGCCCGUAUGUUCCAAGAUAUUAAAGUUAGUGAAGACUUAAAUACACAAUUUCGAAAUUCCACUGGUCGUCACGAUGCCAUUAAUAUAAAAAUUUUAAAUGCUGGUGCUUGGGCUCGUUGCUCGGAACGUGUAUCAGUUAGUUUACCACUUGAACUGGAAGACUAUAUACCCGAUGUUGAGGAGUUUUAUAAGAAAAAACAUUCCGGCCGUAAAUUGCAAUGGUAUCAUCACAUGAGCAAUGGCACAAUAACAUUUGUUAAUAAUUUCGGUCGUUACGAUUUGGAUGUGACGACCUUUCAAAUGGCCGUACUCUUUGCUUGGAAUCAGAGACAACAUGAUAAAAUAUCAUAUGAAAAUUUAAGAUUAGCCACUGAAUUGCCAGAUCCCGAGCUGAGGCGUACUUUAUGGUCAUUGGUUGCCUUUCCCAAAUUGAAAAAGCAAAUUCUGUUAAUGGAGCCAAAUUGUCCAUCACCUAAAGAUUUCACAGAGAAUACCUUGUUUUAUGUUAAUCAAGAAUUUGCUGUUGUUAAGAAUGGCAAAUCACAACGUAGGGGCAAGCUGAAUUUAAUUGGCCGUUUACAGUUGAGUACUGAACGUUCAAUACAAGAAGACAAUCAAUCUAUUGUUCAGCUGCGUAUUUUACGUGUACAGGAAGCCAUUAUAAAAAUUAUGAAAAUGCGUAAACGGAUGAAUAAUGCCACACUGCAGGCCGAAUUAAUUGAUAUUUUAAAAAAUAUGUUUUUACCAUCAAAGAAAAUGAUCAAAGAGCAAUUGGAAUGGCUUAUCGAACACAAGUAUAUGCGACGUGAUGAUGAUGAUAUCAAUACUUUUAUAUAUAUGGCUUAAGUUU